AUGAGAGACUGUCAGAUGCAGAGGAAUAGUGGAAUCUUGCAGCAUCCAUACAGGGGUAAUACUCAGGCACAGAAUGGUGGUCAGCAAGGGGGUGCGGCCCAGGCGAGGGUGUAUUAUCUGACUCCAGUCGAUGCUGAGAAUGCAGGUGAUGUUGUCACAGGUAUUAUUUACAUGUUUUCUCAUAAAGUUGUUGUAUUAUUUGAUUUUGGGGCAAGGUACUCUUUUAUUUCCCGUGGAUUUGUGAAACUGUGUGGAUUAGAGGUGCAAAGGUUAGAUUAUGAACUAGUAGUAGCUACACUGUCCGGGUCUGCGGUCGAGUGUAGCAAUGUAGUCUAUGACUUUCUGGUUGAAAUACAGGGGAGGAUACUACCAGUUGACCUUGUGGUGUAUGACAUGUUUGGUUUUGAUAUCAUCUUUGGCAUGGACUGGUUGUCAUCCAGUUAUGCCAGUAUUGACUGCCACAGGAGAGAGGUGUUGUUUAGACCACCUGGAAAGCAGGAAUUCCACUUCAUCGAAUCGUGUGUGCGUUCUGCGCCAUGA